AGUCUGCGGGGAGGGAGUAUGGGGGAGCUGCCCAAAGCCUGGGGAAGGGGAGCCAGUGCUGGAGGUGAAGAGCAGCGGCGGCGGUGGCGGCAGGAACAGCAGUGGCGGCAAUCUCAGCCACAGAAGCCUAAGCUCCAGCCCCAGCCGGGGCGGCGCAGCAGACAGUAACCGGGCUGGAAACCGAACCGAGCCGGGUCCAACUGUGAUGCUUCCUGACGGAUGAUAACAGUGCCUGGAAGCCAAAGGACUGCUUUUUUAGCUGAACAUACCUGAGUUGUCCCCAUAACCAUGGAGACUGGAAAGGAUGAAGCUUCUCAGGCCAAGGGAGCAGCAGCCUCUAUGGACACCCAGGACCAACGGGCAGAGAAAGGAGCCAAGAACAAUGCAGCUGAGAUGACAGAAGAGCCAGUGUCAGAGCCACCCUCAUCUGGCCCAGGUAGGCUGAAGAAAACUGCCAUGAAACUUUUUGGUGGCAGGAAGGGUAUCUGUACCCUGCCUAGUUUCUUUGGAGGGGGGCGAAGCAAAGGUUCUGGGAAAGGCAUCUCCAAGAAGGGUCUUAGCAAGAGCAAGACCCACGAUGGCCUGACUGAAGCAGCCCAUGGCCCUGAAGACAUUGUCAGUGAAGGAACCAGAUUUGCCUUACCUUUGCCUGAAUCACCUUGCCAACUUCCCAGUUCCCAGAGUGCCCAUGGGGUUUUGGAGACAGGCUCCAAAAGCAAAACAUCUGUGGCUGGAGCGACAGACAAAGCUGGGGCUGAGAAGGUUCCCUCUGUGCCCAAGCCAAAGAAAGGCCUGAAAGGUUUUUUCAGCAGUAUCCGCCGUCACCGGAAAAGCAAGGUCUCUGGGGCUGAACAAAAUAAGCUAGGGACCAAGGGGUCUGAAGGGGCCAGAGCCAGGCCUCAUGAACGUGUAAGCUCAGCCCUUCUGCCCUGUGCUGGGGAUAUCCUCCAAACCCACAGAAAGGAAAAUGCCAAAACCCAAGAUGCCCCUGAGUCAAAAGUUUCUUUAGUACCAGAGUCUUCUCCAGCAGUCACUGAGAAGACAGCCUGUAAAGAUACAGAAAAACCCAUGGAGGGCUUUGCCUCAGCACUUCUGCAGUCCAAGUCUGCCUCUGAAGCCAGUGGCCCAGAGGAGCCCCACAGUCCAAAAACAGGGGAGAAAUUGGUAGCAGAAGAGGUAAAUCCACCAAAUGGCCCUGUUGGGGACCAUCUGAGCCUCCUGUUUGGAGAUGUCACAUCCCUGAAAAGUUUUGACUCACUGACAGGUUGUGGUGACAUCAUAGCUGAGCAGGACAUGGACAGUAUGACAGACAGCAUGGCCUCUGGAGGCCAGAGGGCAAAUCGAGAUGGGACCAAGAGAAGUUCCUGCCUGGUGACCUACCAAGGAGGUGGGGAGGAGAUGGCCUUGCCAGAUGAUGAUGAUGAGGAAGAAGAGGAGGAUGAGGAGGUAGAAUUAGAGGAAGAAGAAGAGGAUGUCAAGGAGGAAGAAGAUUAUGACUUAGAGUAUCUGUGGGAAAGUGCCCAGAUGUACCCAAGACCCAAUCUGCAUUUAGGCUACCAUCCCAUCACAUCUCCAGGAGAGCAUGGAUACAUGCUCCUUGACUCAGUUCGAUCUUAUCCUGGCUUAGCCCCUGGGGACCUUUUGACUCCUCAGAGUGACCAGCAAGAGUCUGCCCCCAAUAGUGAUGAGGGUUAUUAUGACUCCACAACACCUGGAUUUGAGGGUGAUUCAGGUGAGACCUUAGGGCUUGUCCGCAGGGAUUGCCUACCCCGAGAUAGCUACAGUGGAGAUGCCCUGUAUGAGUUCUAUGAGCCAGAUGAUAGUCUUGAGGCCUCCCCACCUCUGGAUGACUGUCUUUAUGACCUCCAUGGUCGCAGCUCUGAAAAAUUUGACCCCUUCUUGAACUUUGAGCCCUUUUCUUCCUCUCGGCCACCUGGGGCAAUGGAGACAGAGGAAGAACGGCUAGUGACCAUCCAGAAACAGUUGUUAUAUUGGGAGCUUCGGCGAGAGCAGCUCGAGGUCCAAGAGGCUGAGGAGGCACGUGCCCAAGAGGCUCACACCAGGGAGUCUUAUACCCAAGAAACUCAUGCCAGGGAGACCCAUGCCCGAGAAUCUCAUGUCAAAGAGGCCCAAGCCCGAGAGGCCUAUGCCAGGGAGACCUGUGCUAGGGAAGCACAUGCCCGAGAGGCCCAUGCUCGAGAGGCACAAGUCCGGGAGGUUCAGGCCUGGCAAGAGAAGCCCAUCAUGGAAUAUCAGAUGAGGCCCUUAGGCCCAUCAGUGAUGGGCCUAGUGGCAGGGACAUCAGGGGCCUCUCAGACUUCCCACCGGGGAACCACCUCAGCUUUCCCUACCACUGCAGGCAGUGAACCAGACUGGAGGGACUUCCGUCCUCUAGAGAAACGUUUUCAGGGAAUCUGCUCCAAGAAAGAUCAAAGUACCUGUCUAAUGCAGCUCUUCCAAAGUGAUGCUAUGUUUGAGCCAGACAUGCAAGAAGCAAAUUUUGGAGGAUCUCCCAGGAAGGCUUACCCUACUUAUUCACCCCCUGAGGAGCCAGAGGAAGAAGAGGUUGAGAAGGAAGGGAAUGCCACUGUGAGUUUCUCACAGGCCCUUGUGGAGUUCACCAGCAGUGGAAACCUCUUCUCCAGCAUGUCCUGCAGCUCUGACUCUGACUCAUCCUUCACUCAAAACCUCCCUGAGCUACCCCCUAUGGUGACCUUUGACAUUGCUGAUGUGGAACGGGAUGGGGAAGGCAAGUGUGAAGAGAAUCCUGAGUUCCAGAAUGAUGAAGACCUUGCAGCCUCCUUGGAAGCUUUUGAGCUGGGCUACUACCAGAAACACACAUUCACCAACUACCACAGCCGAUUCUACCAAGGUCUGCCCUGGGGUGUGAGCAGUCUCCCUCGGUACUUGGGACUGCCUGGCAUGCACCCUCGACCUCCACCUGCUGCCAUGGCCCUCAACAGGAGAAGCCGCUCUCUGGACACUGCAGAGACCCUGGAGCUGGAGCUCUCAAAUUCCCACCUGGCCCAGGGAUAUACGGUGUCUGAUGAGCUUCAGUUUCAGCAGGAAGAUUCAAAUGAAGAAGAAGAAGAAGAAGAAGAAGAAGAAGAAGAAGAAGAAGAAGAAGAAGAAGAAGAAGAAGAAGAAGAAGAAGAAGAAAAAGAAGAAGAAAAAGAAGGAGGAGGAGGAGGAGAAGGAGAAGAAUGGGGACGAGACAGUCCUUUGUCCCUUUAUACUGAACCACCAGCGGCCUACGACUGGCUUGCCUGGGCUCCCUGUCCUCUCCCAAUGGGGCCAGGCCCUGCCUGGAUAAGUCCCAGCCAAUUGGAUGAGUCUUCUGGCCCAUCUCCAUAUGGGCAGACAACCUGUUGCAUACCUCCUGUGGCCAUGUCAAUGUUGCUCUCAGUAUCAGGGCCAGAGCUAAGGGUACCUGGGAUAUCCAGGCCUCAGCUAGCUCGGCCUUCACACCUACCCCUUCCCAUGGUCCCUUGUUAUAACCUGCAGCCACAGGCCUCUCAGAGUAUGAGAGCCAGGCCUCAAGAUAGGCUGUUGCCUAUUGAUGAGCCCAGUUGCUCCUCCAGUUCUGGAGGCUUCAACCCCAGCCCUCUGUCCCAGGCCAAGCCUGUGGGCAUCACUCAUGGCAUCCCUCAGCUGUCCAGGGUCCAGCCUGAGCCCCAACAGCCUCAACCCAUUCACUACAGGGCUUCCAGCCUUGACCUGUCAAAGGAGAGGGCUGAGCAAGGUGCCUAUCUCGCCACCAGCUACUCCUCCACUGCUGUGAAUGGAAACCUAGCUGAGUAGUCAUCAUCUAUUCUGGAGUGGGGGCAUGGGGCCUAAGCAUGUGAUUGGGGAUCAGGGGUUGAGCAGAGGGGUGGGGGGUGGGGGUUGCUAUUUAACUUGAAAAUCCUUUUGGCCAAGGAAAGCUCCUAUGAGUUUUUGCCUUUGUUUUCCCACUUCCCUCUUCUGCCAAUCUGUGGUCACAUUCAGCUUGAGUACAUCUGCCCUGGGAGGCUACUGCUGCUCUGUGCUCCAGUUUUCCCUUUUGGGGUUUCUUGUUGCCCAUGCAGGAUUUGAGAUGCUGUACUUUUGUGACUAUUCCAGUUGCCCAGUUAGUGAUUAUAUACAUAGCAUGCAUCCUUGAAACAGGCUGACCCGUUAAUAUCCCUGCCACCCCCCCUACACACAGUGAACGAUGCACCACUGAUGAGCAGCCAGGUCUGCAUUGCUUCCCACUUAAGGACUGAGGGCUUGUUUGCUAUUAACAAUGUGAAAUAAUGGUACAGAUCCUCUCCACCCCCACUCCCUUCAGUCUUGGCAUAGCUGCCACCAUUACAUCAGAUGAUUAUAUAAUCUGUUCACCCCAGCUAGCUGCCCUUAGAGAGGAUCAAGUAGCAUGUGUCUUACUGCCUAUUGGUGUAGAAUUUGGCAUCGUAACCAGAUGGGGGCCUUUUAACGUGGCCUAUGAUAACUUGGGUUGAAGGAAAAAAUUCUAAUCCCCUUAAUGGAGUGAUCAAAUUCAUCCAUUUGGAAACAGAAGGCAAAAUAGGGCUCUGUCGUAGAUACUGCCAUAAGUCUUGAGUUGUGGAAUGAUAGGAUUUUUUUUUCCUUCUUCCUCUCUUAAGCUUGUGACUACCUGAGUUGCAGACACUUUUGAUUUUUUUUUUUUUUGUAUCCAAAGGAAAUUUUCAGAAUCUCAUCACAAGGGACAUAGUCUUUUAAUUGAGACACAGGGAGAGAAGUAACCUAAACUAAGCUUGGCUAUAGGGGGUUGGGUUUUUUGUGGGUUUCAGGGGAAGAAUAGGAAAAGGAAUUCCAUUUGUCCCAGUUGUCAGGGGAGAAUUUUAGACAUUGCAAAGCUCAAGGAAGCCUAGCUUCUUAGAAGAGAAAAUUCCUUCUCCCCAAAAAGCAAAAUUUCCUUAAGCCUUGCCCACCCCUUCAUUUGGUUGCUAUAAAGAGGCUCAGAGGCACCAGGCUAGCACUCCCAAGAGACAGGAUACCAAAGGCAUCUAGGCUGCUGUUCUGGUCUCUCUAAAGAACUUUCAUUUUCCAAUUAGCAUCCUCAAAGGACUGACCUUCAUGAGAGGAAAGACUGUGAUCCGUCCUCACUCUGCCAAGCUGCAGGUUUCUGAUUUGCAUGGGAAUUGCAGCCCUAUAUGGAGUGAAUGGUACACUCCCUUCUGUACCCACAGUUUUCAUGUUUAACUAGCUUGGAAAUGCUGGUGUGGAAGAGUUGCUGUCAGGAAGGCAUUGCAAAAGGCUAAUCUAACCUGGCUCAACCUCUCAUUAAUCACCAGUAAGAGAGGGUUCCUUUUAAUUUUUUUAUUGGAAAUAGAAUAUAGAACAUGUUUUGCCUGGUUGUGUUGACCCAAAUUAUAAUCCUUGCCCCCCAA